AUGGCUGCGGCUGUCGCUCCGUCCAUGUCAAGCUCUGCCAUCGUCAACUCGGUCGGGCCCUUCUACAUCGGCGUGCUCGGAAACGUCGCCAUCGGCGGCGUCAAUUGGGCACAGCUCCUCGACUACUACCGCAGGUCGCCGCAAGACCGACCGCUCGUCCGCUUCGCAGUCCUCGCGGUAUUCGUCCUCGCCGCCAUACACACCGUCGUCUCGUGCCAUAUUAUCUGGUUCUACUUCAUCCAGAGCUACGGCGACGUCGCCACGCUCGCCGACUGCGUCUGGUCGUUCGGCGUCGACCCGCUCUUGACGGCGUGCGUUGCUGCGCUCGUCCAGGGCCACUACGCCUACCGCCUGUACCUCGUCGGCAAGAGGAGCAUCUGGGUGCCCGCACUCGUCGGGUUCUUGUCCUUGUUCCAGCUCGGAGCUGGUACCUACUGCACGGUGAUCGCGCUCCAGGACCCGUCAUGGGUCAACAUCCACCGUCGACUCGACGGCUGGGUCGCCGCUUGGCUCUUCUCGAUGGCGGCGGCCGACAUUCUCAUCACGAGUGCUCUCACCUUCCACCUCGCGAGGGUCAAGAGCGACUUCGACUCGACCAACACGCUCAUCAACCGCAUCGUGCGCAACAUCGUCGCCAACAACGCCCUCACGGCCGUGACGGCAAUUUCGAGCGGCAUCUUGUUCGUCGCGUCGCGCUCGACCGGCUGGCACAUCAUCUUUGGGCUUACUUUAGCUCGCUUCUACACCAUGUCGUUCCUCUCGUCGCUCAACGCCCGCCACUCGAUCCGCUCCGACCUCUCUCGACGACCCUCUCCCGCCCCACCCACGCCCAAGCCCUUCCUCCUCACGCCGCGAGAGCCCGGCUCGCCCGACCUCGCGCCGCUCCCGACCGAGACGACGUCGCACGGGACGCACCUCUUUGUGCGGCCGCAGCUCGCGAGGACCAACAGCGCGCACAGCGGCGCGAGCUCGGUGAGCUGGAUGGAGAAGAGGCGACCGCAGCCGCAGUGGCGGUCGUCGGAGCGAGGCUUGGGGAUGGACACGCUUCCCAUUUCGAUCCAGAUCGAGAGCGAGUCCACCGACGAGCCGUCGACGACCGACGCCCUGUGGGACCCGUCGCUGUCGUUCGCCGUCCCGUCACCGCCGCUCGCCUCGCACCCCGGCGCCGGACGCGGCGACGUCCUGCUCGACAUGCCGUUCUCGCACGCCAUCGAGGUCACUCUCGAGGGCAAGCCGGAUCCUUGA